AAAGAGGAACUUUAGAUUCUUUUUCAAAGACCCAGGACCUUUAGCACACACAGGAACACCUGAGCCACCCAAACUACAAACAAUUUAACUCUCAUUUUAAGACGCCACGUCUGCAUUCUCUGCUUCUGGUGUGGCCUCGUUCCUCUCAUCUCUCAACUCUCCUAUUCUCCUUCCACUUAUCACUCCCUCCCUUCAGUGUUUCCUUCCUUCCUCUCCAUCUUCUACUAUGUCCACCUCUUUCCCUCCUCCCCAAGCGAGAGGCAUCGACUACAGCCUGCCGACCUGCGGAGAGACUAAGUGCAGUGGCCACGGUACCUGUGUGGUUCUUCCGGGUGGCAGCGCAGAUCUGGUUUGCAACUGUGCGCUGGGCUACCAGGGUGAGUCCUGCGACGACACGGUCAACGGGGCCCUGAGUUUACCGCUGACCCUGAGUGUGCUGGCCGUCAUCAUCGGGGUGGUGAUCGUGGCUUUCAUCCUCGCAAAGAUGAGGCAGAAGCAAAAGAAGAGGAACAGGAUGCUGGCAGCAAAACGUCAAUACAACAUUGUUGUGUGAUGUGGAAACAUCUCCUUUAUAUCUGAGGUCAACCAUGACACUGUGUCCAGUGACUCUCUUGGGCUUCCAGCAGAAUUCUUCUGCAGCACACUUACUGCGCAGUUUGUUGAAUUGUCUGACAUGUGGCUGCUUUUCUACGACUGAUGCUGCAGCAUCCCAGAAACUCAAAUCCUGAACUGCUAAACUGAGCUUUGAUGGAGCUUUACAGCGACACUACUUUCCUGCAGUAAUUAUGUAUUUCAUUUACUCAUUCAUGAGGUCACUAUAAUUAUUUGCUUAUUAGUGCAAUAACUUUUAGAUGUCCUGUUUAGUGCUCUGUAUCCAUUGCCAGUUUAUUUUAUUUUAGUUUUUUUAAAAUGUUUAUUCACAUCGUUAUUUAUAGAAUUAUGAGUUAUUGUGGGCAUAUAGUGCUAGAGAACAACUAAACCAAAAACUGUAACCAUCAACCCAACAGUAGAUGCAAGUAUUUUGGUGUUGUGGGCAUAAUUCUGCAAGAAAUGAACAAUCUUUUAUGGACUAAAUGAUCAUGAUGUUUGUAGUUUGAAUGCACAGUGAGAAAUGUCAGGAUCCGCCUCUCCAUGUCAUCAAAAUCUACUUCAUUGUUGUAUGCAAAACCCUGUAUCCAUAGAUGAACUGAAUGUGAGCUCUAACACUGGCUGCAUUUAGUAAAACAAUGCAAAUGUUCACCUGUUAUGUGAUGCCUGAUGGAUGAAUAGCUUCUCUAAAAUACAGAGACAGCAGGUGUGGCUGUUACAGUGAUGGUGAGCAAUUCUUACAGCCAUGUUUUUAUCCUCCACGCUAAAGGAGUCAGUUCAUACAGUUUUUUGCAAAUCAGAGCAAAUUAAUUCGGGGUAAGCCUGGAAUUUAACCAGAUUUGAUUUAUUACCAUUUUAAGAGGACCUAAAUCUUUUUUGUGCUUUGUCUGUUUGUUUUUUUACACUUCUGACUGAAUUACUAUGUUUAAUAUAUUUUUGUAACUCUGAGCUCUAUGAGCAUUUGCAAGACACUAAACUUCUUAAUGACCAUGUCUUUCUGUUUUUGUAUAUCUGGAUCACACAAUAAUAAAUGCAAACUUUCUAAAUAUAAAUGUAAAUAAAUGUAUCAGAAAGAAUGGA